AUGGAACAAGAGCAAGAGAAGAAUCAAGAACAGGAGCAGAUUCAACAGGAUGGUCAGGAGAAAAACCUGGAACAGGAAAAAGUAAGUUUGAAAGCGAUUUUUGAUUUUUUUCACAGUAACGAGAUUCAAGAAUUUUUUAUGAAAAUUUAACAAGACAUCGUAAAACUCGUUGUCAAAUAUACAAAACUCCCAAAUACGAAAAAUCAUUUAAAAUAUUAUUAAAAACUGUAAUUACAACCAUGCCUUCUUUUCAAUAAUACUUAUCAGGGUAUCUCAAAUAACAAACUUUAUUCAGCUUCAAAUAUCUUUGUUUUUAACUUCAAAUUUUUCAGCUAACCCUCACAACUAUACCGAUUCCAGUGUUAGACGAAAUAUUGAAAUAUUCAAAUACUUUUGAUGUCUGUAGAUUAAGAGGAGUCUCAAAACCUUUCAAAAAAUAUAUUGAUCAAAUGGAUAAAAGUAAAAGGUACAUCGUUUUCAUCAUUAUCUAGUAUUUUAUUUCAAAAUUUUCAGCAGGCUUUAUUUUUCGCGAUUUACAAUCAAAAACAACAUUAUCGAAACUAACAGAUCAUUUAUUCCACUUUAUGCAAGAAAACCAGGAUUCGAUGCAUAUCAAGAAAUAAAAAUGCCAAUGUUCAAUAAUCUUCAACUGGAUUGGUUCCGCCCAUCAAAUAUCAUCUAUGAAGAUUCAACAAUUUUCGAGUCAUCCAAAGAUUUGAAACUUUUUUUGAAAAAAGUCAAGGUAAUAGAGAUCUUGAAUUUGAAACUCGAAACUGAACCAAAUCUUCGCGAGGAACAACUCAAUAAUGUUUGCACAAAAUUGAGCAGCAUUGAAGCAUUGCAUUAUUUCUCCUAUGACGGAGAUAAUCUAACAGAGCAAGAACUCGAAAAAGUUAUUUUGAGUUUGAAAUGUCGUGGAAGAGCUUUUAAAGUUUCACUCAAUCAUCAUCUUCCAUGUCUAAAACAGUCAGUUCUUGGUGCAAUUUUGGAAAACUCUAAAAACGCAAUGACGUGUAUUCGAAUUCGCGAUUCUCUUACAUUUGCUCCAAGAGAUAUUCGAAGUACGCAAACUGAUCCGAUAAAAGAUAUUUCUGAAAAUGAUAUCAGUGUAAUAGUAUGGUUUUUCGAAAAUUAUCAGGUUUGUUAAUUAUUAUUCAAAUCGUUAAAUCGAUGAUUUUUUUUUAGAAUUCAAUUAAGGACAAAACAGUUUACAUGGAACAAUGUGAAAGAGUUGUUGGCACGAAAAUAGCUGAAGGAGUUUCAUCUCAAUUUGGCCAAACUAUAAAUAUUGAUUCAGGUUUUAAUACAUUUCGCCUCGGAAAAUGUUACCUUCAUAUUUCUUAUGUAGAUUAA